AAUAUUCCAUUCAACGUGAAGGUCCUAUGCAAAAAUUGAUUAUCCACAAUGCACAAUUUGAAGAUGAUGGAGAAUAUAGUUGUGUUAUUAUGGAUAAGACUAUUGGUGCUAAACUAACCGUGAAAGAAAUUCCUGUUACUUUCACCCAAUUACUCGAGGAUAUUCAAACAAUUGAACGUGAAACAGUUACCUUCCAAUGUGAAAUCUCGAAAACGCAUUCAACACGUACACAAACAGAAAUUCCCAUCCAUUGGUACCGUGAUGGCGUGAAGUUAGUCGGCGGUGGUCGAUUCGAACUAUCCAAAGCAUCUGGUGGUAAACGACAAGUUUUGAAGAUCAUCAACGCGAGUUUAACCGAUUCGGGCGAAUACGCUUGUACAGCUGGUAGUGAACAAAUUCGUACAGCUGCCAACCUGACUAUCGGCGACUUGAAGGUGGAAUUUCCUCAAACAUUACAAGAUCGUACGAUACUUGAAGAUCAAACAUUGAUACUUGAAUGUACAGUCAAUCGUACUGAUAAACCAAUCGCCUGGUUUUUCAACGACCAACAAAUUCAAUCCGGAACAAAAUAUGAUAUCAGUCGAGAGAAGAACAAACUACGAUUGGUGAUUAAGAAUGUGACGAUUGACAAUGAAGGACAAUAUACAUGUCGUGUAGCAGAUGUGAAAACUCAAUGUAAAGUUACCGUCGAUGAAGAAAAAGUUCGUUUUGUUGAACGAUUAACCGACGUGGGCACAAAAGAAGGCGAAAAUGCCAAAUUUCAAUGCUCCGUAUCGAAAUUAACCUAUGUCAAAGCGAAACGUGAUGUCGACUUUAAAUGGUUACAUAAUGGAAAAGUGAUUGAAGAAAGCGGAGACAAGAAAUACGUUAUGGAAUUGGAUAAAUCAAAUAAAGUCUUGAAAUUAACAAUUAAUGACGUACGAGAUGAGGACGUGGGUAUCAUCACAUGUCAAGCUGAUGAUGUAAACACCAUCGGACGAUUGAAUGUGGAAGAAAUUCCGAUCUAUUUCGUUCGUAAACCAGAAGAUCAAGUUCUUACCGAACUACCAAACAUCUGCGUCUUCGAAUGCGAAUUAAAUCGUGCGGGUAUCCCGGUCAAAUGGAUGCAUAACAAGAAAGAAUUAGACUUUCACAAGGAUAAGAUUGAAUUUCAUAACACCGAUACAAUCUAUCGAUUGAAAUUAUUACAAGUCGAUGUGGAAGAUCAAGGUGAAUAUGUUUGUGUUGCUCGGGAUAAGAAAGCACAAGCAUUCUUGAAAUUACAAGUCCCGCCGAAGAUUGAAACCUUCCAAACCAAUUCGAAAUUAAUUAAACAUGAUCAACCAUUGGUCAUUGAUGUGUUCUACAAUGGAUGGCCGGAACCAUCGGCAGAAUGGAAUCGAACAAAUAACAAGAUGAAAUCGAAAUUAGUGAAACAUGGCCAUCUACAAAUGACCAUUGAUGCCAUGCAUCGAAUCGAUUCAGGUGUAUAUGAAGUGACGUUGAAGAAUGAAUAUGGUCAAGAUCAACGAAAUGGAACAAUUGAAGUGUUAGAUAAACCAAGUAAACCGAAGAAUCUGAUCGUGAAAUUAUCCGACGUUGGUGAAUGCGAAUUGACUUGGGAAGAACCGGAGGAUGACGGUGGUUCACCACUGACAGGUUACUGCAUUGAAAAAUGUGAGGAACGACGAGCAGCUUCAUGGGAUGAAGUUUGUGUGAUGAGUUUUGAAGAAAAACGAACUACUGUCAAUCGAUUAAUCGAUGGUGCUAAGUAUCGUUUCCGUGUUAGUGCAGAAAACAAAUACGGUCGAUCGGAACCAUGCGAGUAUCCCGAAGUGGUCUUAAUCAAGAGUCCAUUCGAUCCGCCGUCAGCACCUGAAGCUCCACUUAUUGAUGAAAUCUUUGCAACAACAUGCCGUGUUCAGUGGUCACCACCAACAAGUGAUGGUGGAACACCGUUAACAGGUUAUAUUGUUGAGCGACACAUUCAAGGUGCCUCACGAUGGUCAAAAGUAACCAAACUGCCAAUUAAUCCAGAUACAACAUCCGUCAUUGCGGAAGAUUUAGUCGAAGGAAGUGAAUAUGAAUUUCGCGUUAUUGCUUGUAAUAAAGUUGCACAAUCGGAACCAAGUGCUCCAUCACGAACGAUUAUUGCCAAGAAUCCAUUCGAUAAACCGGGCGCACCUCUUGAUCUCACAAUCGAAGCAGUUGCAAACGAUUGGAUUGAAUUGAGUUGGCAACCACCAAUCUCUGAUGGUGGAUCGCCUAUUACAGGCUAUGUAGUUGAAAAACGUACACCAGCGAACUACAAAUGGAUUACUGCAACCGAACCAUUCGAAGGUACAAAAACAAAAGUUCGUUCGUUGCAUACUGGUCAGAAAUACGAAUUUCGUGUUCGUGCACAAAAUCUUGCUGGACUGGGUGAACCGUCGAACUCCACCAGAGAAACAGAAAUACGAGAACCGGUCGUCGGUGAAAAGCCACGAUUUAUUCAAGAAUUGGAAUCCGUCACUGUUGUCAGUGGAAAACCAGUAACAUUGACAGCUCGUGUCAAAGGUGAUCCAAUGCCCGAAUUUAAAUGGUCAAAGAAUGAUCGUCCAAUCGUACAAGAUGAUCAUGUAACAUUGAAUGUCACUGGUGACACUGUUAAACUGGUCAUUGCAGAAGCUGCACCAACAGAUGCUGGAACUUACGAAUUAAUCGCUGAGAAUCCACUUGGUUCCAUUGAAUGCAGCGCUCGAUUGACAGUUAAUUCACCACCGGUCAUUGUCAAAUCUANGUGUGAGACGAAGAAUCCAUUCGAUGUACCAAGUGCACCACGCGACUUGAAAGUCACUGGCGUUACACGAUCAGCGUGUCAGUUGCAAUGGUUACCACCUAAUAGCGACGGUGGUUCGCCAAUACAAGGUUAUAUCGUUGAAAGACAAACAGAAACACGUUGGGUACGAGCUUUACCAACAGUCGUCGAAGGAACAACAGUGCAAUUAGUUGAUUUAAUUGAAGGAACUAUCUAUGACUUCCGAGUUGCCGCUGUUAAUGAAGAAGGCCAAGGUCCAUACAGUCGUCCCAGUGAAUCGGUGACGAUCAAAGAUCCGUACGAUGUGCCAACUCAACCUGGACCUAUCGACAUACAUGAUUUGACCGAUACAUCAUGUACAUUAACAUGGAAACCACCUAUUCGUGAUAAUGGAAGUCCAAUUAUCGAAUACAUACUUGAACAACGGUUCAAAGCUGAUCCAUCGUUCACACGCGUAGAAACUGAAAAACCAAUAACAGAGUGUUUCCACAAAUUAAGCGACUUAUUAACAAAUGGUGAAUACGAAUUCCGCGUUGCUGCACGUAAUCAAGCUGGUGUCAGUGCCUAUUCUCAAACUGAUCGAGCUGUUCACAUUCGAGCACCUCGUCAAGGUAUUGCACCACGUAUUGAAAAACUACCCAAUCAAACAGUCACUGGUGGUAGCCAAGGUCGUGUCGAAGCAACCAUUACCGGCUCGCCAGAACCUGAAGUUAUCUGGUAUCGUGGCGGACGAAAGCUACCUCUAACAACUGGACGAUACACUUCAUCGUUAGCCGACGGUAUUCUUGUCUUGUAUAUCAAAGAAGUGCAAGAAAAUGAUGCUGGACAAUAUACGUUAGAACUUCAAAAUGAAUAUGGUAGUGAUAGUAAACAAUUGCAACUGACUGUAUUAGCAGCACCGAAGAUUGAAUUCGAUUCGAAAUAUCGCAAACAAAUUAUCGUUGGUCUUAACUCAUCGAUACGUAUUCCAUUUACGUUUACUGGCUCACCUAAGCCAGAGCUAUCGAUCAGUCGAACAGAUGAAUCCAAAGAAAAUCGUUCUACUCUUGAUCUGUUCGAAAGUAGUGGAACAUUCCUUCUUCGUCAAACAGUACGACAAGAUACCGGCCUAUACCGUUUACAAGCAACCAAUGAAUGUGGUACAACAACAGCACGUCUCGACAUUCUUGUGCAAACUGUUCCAUCACCACCUGGUGGGCCGUUACAGGUCACUGCUAGUGGUAAAGAUUAUGUUAGUCUUGCUUGGCAUACAUGUUCAGAUGAUGGCGGAAGCGACAUUGUCUCAUAUAUUGUUGAAAAACGGGAGGUUAAUAAAUCUCUCUGGACCAAAGUUGCAUCGACUCGUCCAACGAAUCCAACGUACACAUGUACCGGUUUGCUUGAUCAAACAAGUUAUGAAUUUCGAGUCUUCGCAGAAAACGAUAUCGGCAUCAGUGAACCAUUAGAAUUAGAACAUGCAGUUACAGCUAAACUACCCUACGAACGCCCUGGUCCACCGAUUGGUCCAGUUAAAAUAGAUGGUAUUACACAAACAGGUUGCACACUAACAUGGUCACCACCAACUGAAGAUGGUGGUACAAAAAUAACAGGCUACGUGAUCGAAGGUAAAGAUGUUAAUCGACAAGCUUGGACACAACUAGAUACAGUUUCUGGUGGUGAAACAACCGCCGAUUUGAGACAAUUGAAAGAAGCUACAAC